AUGCUGGUCAACUCAUCAGAAGGUCAAGGGGGAGGCCGAUCGGCCAUGACGACCUGCGAUCUGGUGCAAUCGCCACAGCCUCGUAACACCCUCCACCCGCCGAGUCCGGCUCUACCAGUAGCCCAGGCAUCGGUACAUGCUGCAAGCAUUACAGAACAAUCUGACCUUUUGACUGUCAAAGCCAAUUGUGGUAGCCGUAUGGAAGUGUGCAACAAACUUGGUCAUCUGCCGCCAGACACACACAUGCUGGUAUCGGACCAGUUGUCGGUGUUUUAG